GCUAAUCCGGCUAACGCUAACGGUUCAGGCUAGUGGCGCUGUGAUGGCGGAGCUGGUGCAGGGACAGGCCUCGAUCAACCAGCCGGCGCUCAAGUCCGACGGCCUUGUAGACGCCUUCCAGAGGGCUCGGCAGCAGAUGGUGGGAAAGAUGGGAGCAGAAGGCCUUCCUCACAUGAACAACUCUUCUUCCUCCGUGGAACAGUCCCUUUACUACAGUGGCCAGAAACGGGAGGACACAGGGAGCCAGCUGGGAGUCAUGAGCCAUCAGAGAGUGGUGACAGAGGACUACAAGGUCCCAGACAAAAUGGUGGGAUUCAUCAUCGGCCGAGGAGGGGAGCAGAUCACCAGAAUCCAGCUGGAGUCUGGCUGUAAAAUCCAGAUUGCCGCAGACAGUGGAGGUUUGAUGGAGCGGCCAUGUUCUCUCACUGGGACCCCAGAGAGCAUCGAACAGGCCAAGCGUUUGCUGGUUCAGAUCGUGGAUCGCUGCAGAAAUGGCCCUGGGUUCCACUCGGACUCUGACGGAGCUGCCUCAGUUCAGGAGAUGCUCAUCCCCGCCAGCAAAGUGGGACUGGUUAUUGGACGAGGAGGGGACACUAUCAAGCAACUACAGGAGAGAGCUGGAGUGAAGAUGAUGAUGAUCCAGGACGAACCUAUGCCGACAGGAGCCGACAAGCCCCUCAGGAUCUCAGGGGACCCAUACAAAGUCCAGGCGGCCAGAGAGCUGGUUAUGGAGGUGAUCCGAGAGAAAGAUGGAGACUUCAGAAGAAACGACUUCGGUGCUCGACUUGGAGGAACCUCUGUGGAUGUCCCGGUGCCACGCUUCGCUGUGGGGAUUGUGAUUGGACGAAAUGGAGAGAUGAUCAAGAAAAUCCAGAAUGACGCCGGGGUCAGAAUCCAGUUCAAAGCAGACGAUGGCAUCAGUCCUGAGCGUGUGGCUAUGGUCAUGGGGCAGAUGGACCGCUGUCAACACGCCAUCCACAUGAUCAACGAGCUCAUCCAGACUGCACAGGAGCGUGAUGGUUUCAGCUCCUCCCUCAGGGGAAGGGUCCGAAGUCGUGGGGACUGGCCCAUAGGUUCCCCUGGGCCUCUUCAGGAAGUUACCUACACCAUCCCAGCAGACAAGUGCGGCCUGGUCAUCGGCAAAGGUGGGGAGACCAUAAAGAGCAUAAACCAGCAGUCGGGGGCCCACGUGGAGCUUCAGAGGAACCCCCCUCCCUCUACUGACCCCAGUACCCGAGUCUUCACCAUCAGAGGCACGGCGCAGCAGAUGGAGGUGGCCCGGCAACUCAUCGACGAUAAAAUCGGGGGCUCAGGGAUCAUGAGUAACGGAGGGUUUGGCUUCAGCCCCUUCACCCAGGGCCCGGCCACGCACCAGAACUGUGGUAGUGGGCAGACCUUCCUGACUGGAGUGUGGGGGAGCACCUAUCAGACUUGGCAGAACCCUCCACAGCAGGACCCAGGUCAGCAGAGCCAGCCUCAGAGCCUGAUGACAGACUACAGUAAGGCCUGGGAGGACUACUACAAGAAACAGAGCCAGUCGUCUCAGCAGAGUUCGGUGCCAGACUACACCGCAGCAUUAGCAGAAUAUUACAGACAGCAGCCGUACCUGUGGAACCCCACCCAGAUACAGGAUCACUAGACGGCUCAGAUCAGCGUUCCCUAACCACGCUCUGCCGCUUCCUCCUUCCUUUUGUAGACAGAAAAUUACGGAGAAUUAACUCAAACAAAUCACAAACUCUUUUCUUUCUUUUUUUUUUUUUUUUUUUUUUUUUUUGUAAACCUGAAAUUUUGUCAUGGCAGAUGUUUUUGGUCUCCUCUCACGGCAUAGACCUCGAUUAUUAUAAUUUUUUUUUUUUAAUCAAACUUGAAAAAUGUAUCAGUGUGGCUUUGAACAAACCGAAUAUAUAUGAUAAUAAUAAUCUAUAUUUUGUGCAUUUUCCGAUAAACACAAACGGUAUAGGGCUUAGCAGUCUUGAGUCACAAAUCAGAAUAUUAUUUUGAUAAUGUUAUAAACGCAUGCGACAGACUGUGUUAUUUUUUAUUCUAGAGAUGUUUUAUCAGCGAAGGUCUAUGCCGUUGUCAGUCUUUUGUACUAAAAAAAUCUUUUUGGGUUUAUUUUUGGAUUUUGAAUUUUACAAGUCGUCAUCUUGGAGGUGCAAUGAUGUUUUUUUGAGUUUGACGAUAUUUACUAGUUCUUAUUCCUGUAUCUUUAUUAGUGAUUUUUAGUUUUUAUGAGAAAUGUAUAUUGCAUUGCCGAAAAAGCUGUAUCUCUCUGUGGUCGAACCUGGUUUUUGGAUUUUUGAAUUUUCCCGCCAUAAUUUUACAGUAAGAUAAAAAAGGCGGGAAAAUCAAUUACUAUUUUCUUACACAGUGCAACGUUAUAUUAUUCUGUUAUUAUAAAUGUGAGGUUUUCUACUUUGUCGAUUGUUUGUAAAAGUUAACAAUGAAGUUGUCAGUUGUCUAUGUUUUAGCAAUGCUGGCGCAUUAGCUCGAUGCUAAAGCUAAGCGCUGUUUCAAGUGUUAUUCAGACCUGUGCGGAGGGUGAAUGCUUUUAAGUAAAUGGUUGUUAGCGAAACGGUGCCUGUUUAAAUGCAUAUGUGUGUUUGAGUGUUAGCAAAGCAGUAUUGGCACUUAAAGGGGCUAAAUGUGGGAUUUCUGUUGGAACUUUGUUUAAAUGUAUUGUAGAGUGGCUAUCCAGUCUCUUGCCUCUUCACCCAUUGAUCUUUUCAAUGUAACAUUGUUUUUAUUGUAAUAUUUUUCUGUAACUUCAUUGUUGGCCUUUUCAUCCAAGUUUGUUUUCUGUUUGAAAUUUAGGUUUUGUGCAGGUAUACCUGUUAAUCUAUUCUGGCAAGGAGGUUGUGACAGUGGAGCAAACCAAUAAGAAAAGUCGCAAUUACAAGUGGUAAAUGAUUCCCUGACAAGCCCCCAAUUCUUUACAAACUUAGAAAACUUAAAAAGGUGGUGGAGCUUGCUUUAUUAACUCCCACAAAAAUCUCAAGGUUUGAUAAUCCAACCUUAGACCUUUUUACAGGGGGGCAAGAUUGCUCUCCUGUACAAAAAACAUGUCCUUCUUAUGUCCUUUGUAAUUCCUUCUUAGUGUAACAAAUGUACUUUAUUCUUGAUUUCUUAAAUUACUGCUAAUUUAUGCUAAUGUUACCGUCCCAGCUGAAAUCCUGUAGUUAGCCUCUGUCUGGCGCUAACACGUUUUGUGAUUUAAAGUCGGGGUAUAUUUUUCACGUCGGGCUAACUGCUGCUGAACUGUGAGUUGGCUCCUUUAGCUUUUUUGAGAAUUUUUCACACUGUUGCUAGAUCUUGUACAAAAAUUUGAAAAAACGCGUGUGGGUUGUUGAUGUAUUACUACGACUUUAUUGUGACAAAGGUAUAUUUUCUUGGUGAAUCAUUUUUAUCUGUUUAGUAAAUAAUUUGAAUAUUGUUGACCUUGCAGCCUUUGCCGCUGUUUUGUUCGACCACAGAGAGAGGGCACUAUAAUGUUGAUGGGUUGUUUGUUUUUUUUGUUUUUUUGUUUUUUUUUCUGAAUAUCUCCGUGUAUGUGUGCAGAUGAUAAUAAUAAUAAGAGGUUCUCCUGUACAGGGCUCUAUAUUUAAAUCCAUUUUGUUUUUGUUUGUGUUUCCACUCUAUGGCGGGUGCUGCGAUAGUUAAAAAAUGUACCUUAUUUUAAAAAGAAAUUGUUAAAUUGGAAUGUUGUCUGACGAUUGAAACUGUGUUAAUCAUUCAAGACUGCUAGGCUAAUCAUCUGGCUCCUGUCUGUCCUUAUGCCUCUGUGAAAUAGUUAGCCGCCACGCUAACAAGCGAACGUCGUUUUCUGUCAUUUUGCUUGGUUCUUUUUUUUUUUCAUUUGAAAUUUUGAAAAUGUAGGGUUUUGUUUGAAAGGGACAUUGAGAGAAACAUCUAAAUCUACACUGGGUUGUCAUUUUGUAAAAGUAUUUAGUAACUGUCUUUUACGAUAUUAAAAUUUAAGCCAUCGAAGUCUAUUUCAAGCUAUUUGAACAUGUAUAGUAGUAUCUAGUUUGUCAAUAGGAAGCAAAGUCUUAGUGUUUUCCAGAAAUUAUGUUUACAUAUUUUUACCACUUAUUUUGCAUUAUGAAAUAUUAAUGUUGAUUUAUUAGAUGUUCUGAUGUCUAAAGUUGAAAUCCAUUAUCAUUGCCCUCUCAAAUAAGCUCCAGCCAUGACUUUGCUUAAUGGUAAAUGCAAGGUCAGUGAAAUCUGCUGCUUGGUUCACUCAUGAAAAUAUUUUAUAAAAAUUGUAAAAUGUUUGAUUUUGUUGUCUGAUAAUGCUGCCAAUUCAUAUCUUGCAACCAAAUAUUUUCUUAAUGUACUAAGACAUUUCUUUGUUGAAAUCCGUAAAUUAAUAUUAUAUUUAGUUUAAUUUAUUUUUCAUUUGAAAUGUGUGAUAAACAAGGUCAGGCUUCAGUUUCAUAAUUCUGUAAAAUUGUGAUUUAGCAGAAGCAUAUCUGUUAACGUCAAGUUUAGUCUUUUAGCAUCUUGUUAGCAUGGCGGCUUUUUUCUCUGAGGUGGUAGUUUUGGGGGUUCUCUCCCAGUUUGUCAUUCUAAUGAUUUGAAUAAUUGUUGAUGUGUCCUGGCUGCACCAGGAAGCUCCUUUGUGAAAAUGAGCUGUUUUGUUUUUUUGUUUGUUUUUCUAACGUGGAGCAGAAAAGGCAGGUUUUUGUAGAUUGACACAGAUGGGAUUGUGUUGAGGCCGACGGGCGAUGGAGGAUUAACACCAGGGCUAAUAAAGCUCUUCUUUCUGAGUAA